AUGCCAAUUUUUCUUCGAUCACUGGGCCGUUCUAGCCAUGCUAUCAGCACAUCAUUCGCCUCUACAAGACGCGUUCCAACUUCGUCCACAGUAAACCUACAACGUUUACAAAAGCAACCAAUCAGUUCAUUAUGGCUACCCGGACUUGCUUCUUCGACAUGUCAGCAGCAAACGCGACUUUCCUCAAGCGAGCAGAAAGCCAAGGACCUCAACCAACGGGGCAUUGACAACGAGUUGUCGAAAUUGGAUGAUGAUAUCGAGGCAGAGAAGGAGAAACAAGUCAGAGCACCAUGGCACAGGGAGGGCGCCGACCAGGCCCCAGUGUCCCGACCUCGAACCGCUAGCGCGAUGACUAAAGGCAAGCUUCUUACUACUCCAUCCAGGUUAAUGAAACUGGUGCUACCAUUGACAACGCUUGAUCACAACUCCGACCGGAAAGACAUUGCUCCGCUUGCUCUGCUCGUACAUCCUCAGCAACCUCUCUCAUACCUGGAGCGCCUCAUACAGGCAGAGAUUCCCAGCAUCACAACCGGAAAAGGAGACAACAGAAUACCCACCAUCUCCUUUAGGGCUAUGGAGUCAGAGGAUGAUAAGAUCAAGCCGAAGGGGAAGGUCACAGGAGAUGACUUGACAGACCCAACUGCUAGCGGCAGAGGCGGCCCGGGUGAAGGUGGUGUGGAGAGCUACAGCGGCGCGGGUCGCGAAGCCGAUGACGAGGACACCGGACAAUUCGUCCGUUGGAGCUCAAGCACCGAAAUAGGCGACUUUGUCAGAGAUGCUGCUCGAGCAAAAGAAUUUAUUAUUGAGAUUGAAGGGGGUUCACAUGAGAUCAGGGUCGGAGUUCCAUCAUUCAACGACCGUACUUUCUAUCUGCGACAGAGACUCCGCAAGACAGCCCGAAAGCUUGCUGAUAUGGCGGUAAUCAAGAAGGAAUGCGAUAUCGCAGCUCAUAGGGCAGGCCAGCGAUUGGCUAUGGCUGGCUUUGGUGUUAUGGUGGGCUACUGGUACGUUGUCUAUCGGCUAACAUUCGAGACCGACCUUGGUUGGGAUACUAUGGAGCCGGUCACAUAUUUGAUUGGUCUCAGCGCACUGAUGGGCGGCUAUCUUUGGUUUCUGUAUCACAAUCGUGAAGUAUCAUACAGGGCUGCCCUCAAUCUCACCAUCAGCCGACGACAGAACAAACUCUAUGAGGCUCGAGGCUUCAACCUCGGGCGAUGGCAGUCCUUGACUGAAGAAGGAAAUGCAUUGCGGACGGAGAUUAAGGCAGUAGCUACUGAGUAUGAUAUCGAGUGGGAUGAGAAGGCCGACGAACACAACGAAGAAGUCUCGCAAGCGCUCAAGAAGGAACGUAAGCGCGAUGAUAAGAAGCGGAAGUCGACAGACAAAGCCAACGAUGACGAUGAAUGA